AUGUACAGAUUUUCGCCUCUCGAUCUUUCGGGAGAUCGCACGCUUCUCGGACUAUUCCAACAUUAUGGCAUCCCGGCCGAUUUCCUCACCGAAAGACUUCGCUCCGUGACACAGGCCAAUAGUACACGUAUUUUGCCCGACGGAUCUCGAGCUUCAUGGUUCCACUACCUUUGCAAGAACCUGGAUGUUGGUUAUCCUACCCAGAAGCCGCAUUCAGGCUAUACUUCUACCGGUUUGGAGAUUAUAGAACUUCAUGGAGACAACCAGGUGCGGUCCAAGCAGUUCAAGAACGAUAAUUGGACUUGGCUUCGCAGUGCCUUUUUCCUGAAAAGUGGUGGCUCAGAAAUUAGACUCGAAAAUGGUCCAACUUCCAAACCAUGUACAACUUUGAUUUGCUUCGGCGCUCCAAAGUCUUUGGAAAAGAGGUUCGAAGACCUUGCAACCAGCCCAAGUUGGACUCAAUGUGUCGAUGCGCCUUACAAUUUGUUUGUGAUUGUGCUCGACGAACUCUUUCUCGAAAUGGAUGAGCAAGCCUGGAGACUCGCUGGCGUAUUCCGCGGCGUUGAGACUGCAGCCAUCACGAACGCCAAGAAAACAUUGGAAGUUUGGAUAACGCCCUCGCGACAAGACAUUACCGGACUACAUAAUAUCGCAAAGCAUUGCAUAUACUUGAGAGAAGCAUUUGAUGCCGUAAUUAUGACUGUUGAGGGCUUGAUCGAACAGCACCUUGGGGGUUACCCCGAAACAUCAGAGCGUGAGUCGACGAGUUCGAUGCUCAAGUACAAAUUGGGGCUUUUCCGUGCUGUCAAUUUGCGACUGGCUAGUUUGGAUAAGAGAAUUAGCAAUAUUCUCAGCUUGUCUUUCAAUCUGCAAACUGCACAAGACAGCAGAUUAAUGCAAAAAGACAGCAACACAAUGAAGUCGAUUGCCGUAUUGGCUCUCGUAUUCUUACCUGCCUCAACUGUUGCUGCAAUAUUUAGCAGUCCCUUUUUCUCAAUGGAUGAUGCGGUUUCUCCUCAAAAGUUUAGAGUGUCAGGGGAGCUCUGGAUCUUUUGGAGCAUUGUCGCCCCCAUGACUCUGGCAGUGGUGGCUAUGUGGCUGGCAUAUGACCGCAUGGCCGUAAGAAGGUGGGAGAAGGAUCUUCAGAGCCAUUGA